GUGAAUUCCUUUGUACAAGUCACUCUUCCUUGUCCAAGAACUGCCAAGUUAUCCAGUUAUCUCUAUGAUGCAAAUACAGCACAAAUCUAUGAACUUUCCAAAGUGGCUGAAGGUAGAAAGACUUGCUGGCUCAUCAACCAUACAAUUUACAAAGAUGGUUCUAUUCACUUUGUGACACCCAUGGAUCCAUUGUUCAUUGCAUUACCUAUAUUAGAUCAAGCUGGACAAAAAAUAAAUCAACAAGAAGACAGGGGCUUAUUUCGUACGAUAGAUGACAUUUUUACUUCUGAACAAGGAUCAUCAUUUAUGGAUAUGAAUCUAUUGAUAAAUAUUACCACAUUCUCCGAACAACUCUCACAUCUUUGUGAUACACAAGAAAUAUCGCCUGGAACAUUAGUUUAUAGAUUUAAUGAAGAAAAAUCAUUAAAUUGGCUAAGGAAAAAG